AUGGCCACAAGUAGGAAAUCUGAUGAAGACUCCUCUUCAUCUGAGCCAUCCUCCUCAAAUCAUUGGAUUUAUGAUGUUUUCUUGAGCUUCAGAGGUGAAGACACGCGCAAGAACUUCACCGGCCAUCUCUACCAGGCCUUAAAGGAUGCUGGGAUCAAAGUUUUUAUUGAUGAAAAUGAACUCCAGAGGGGAGAGAUUAUAAAUGAGGAACUGCUGCGGGCAAUCCAAGGCUCCAAAAUCUCUGUCAUUGUCUUCUCAAGAAGGUAUGCGGAUUCAAGUUGGUGUCUUGAGAAGCUAGUGAUGAUCAUGGAGUGUAGAAUAACACUGGGGCAACGAGUCUUCUCAGUAUUUUAUGAUGUUGAUCCUUCAGAUGUCCGGAAACAGAGCGGUACAUUUGGGGAGGCUUUUGAUCAGAAACAUGGAAAGAAAGAUGAAGAUGUAGUGAAGAGGUGGAAGCUGCUCUUACUGAUGCUGCAAAUUUGUCUGGCUGGGAUCUUAAAACCAAAGCUGAUGGUGAUUUGGCCAUCUCCGGUCACUAUCUCUACAAACCAAAGGCUUGAUGCAGCUCCGAUCACCUCUGCGUUUACCAUCUGCAACUCCUCCAACUCCCAGUAGUUCCUUGCCAUAUCGCCGCACUCAAACUCAGAGACGAAGAGGAUUGGAAGCCAGAGACCUAGGUACCCACCGAGGCUAGAAGACCAAGCUACCCGACCGACAAGUCGAUGGCUCUUCGAUUUAUUACUUCCGUCGACAAUAUGGCCUCCUUACUACCAAGCUCGUAAUCGAAAUGGACCGGCUCCGCCACAACGUCGCCGUGGCUCUGCCACCUAUGUUGGCUAGGAUUUUCGCCAUGGCUCACGCCCUCUCUUAUUUGGAGCACCUAUUUAGUAUUGAAAUGAGUAUUGAUACGAUUCUUUGGAUUUCUAGUUAAUUGUGAUGAAAUUCAUUCUAUAAUUCGGAUGAUUUUGUGGUAACUUUGAAGUUCUGUAUGUAUGUUUGGUGAAGAGAGAA